AUGCUCUCCUCCCUCUUGCGCCCAGCUCGAAGCAGGCCGCGUCGUGACAGCUCGCCGCUGUCAUCCUCGUACGCGCCUACCUCGAGAUCGCCAGAUGUCGCCCACAUCAACACUCAAAACCACCGAAGACGGACCACGCAAAUAGACACGGAUGACAUUAUCCAUGAAGAGCAAGAGGAGGAGUCCGUGGAUGGAGAGGACGAUGGCGAAGGAGACUAUCUCCAUGAAGACGAAGAAGAUGAAGAUGGCGUCCACCAUGGCGACUCGGACGAGGAUGGACCGGACGACACGACACCGCUUCUUCCCAUCUUUUCAGCAGCCCACCUCGACGCACUCCCCGUCUUUGCUCUCACUCAUGCGAUCCGGACAUUGGUGACCUCGCGGUGCGACACGGUCCUAACAUGGGAGCAGCUUCGGUCUCCCCAGGUGUCUCAGUUCCUUCUCAAACCAAUUGAACAGGACAUCCGGAGUAAUCACCUGAAUGCUGCCACACAUUAUGCUCUCAUGGCCAACUGUCUCCAAUACAGCAAGGAGGCUGCUGUAUCUGCAGUCAGCAGUGGUACAAACAAAACCCGCGCUAUGGUUUGUGAACUCCUCGCCAUCAAAUUGCUCAGGGAUUUCUCGACACGUGAGCUGAUUGACGCUCUGUCUUACGACUUCGAUCCUUUGCAGGGUCAAUCUGACCCUGUCUCCGCGGAUGAAGAAGCCCGUCGACGCGCGGAGGGCCUGAAACGGCACUCACAGCGGCCAGCGCGAAUCUCUUGCUUCGAAAUUGCCAUCCGUGCACAGUCCAAGCGGUUCUUGUCCCAUCCACUGGUCGUCAGGCAGCUGGAGGCAAUCUGGGCUGGAACAAUUGUCUUUCAUUCUGCCGCCGACCAUCUGCAUCGAAAACUUCCGCUGGCAAGGCAAACGAAAAGCUAUGGCGCAAUCCAGAGCGAUCCUACCGCCAGGACCGGAUCUAUGGCUGUCAUGGCGCAACUGCCCCGGCGAGCUGUGACGCUGUAUAACCCUCGUGACGCUUCCCUCCUCAAGCUGUCUCGUCUGCGGGUGCCUCGUUAUCGGAACAUCAUGUCCACCUUAUCGUUUGCCGUCUUGCUUAGUCUCUUCGUUGCCGUCCUGGUUCAACGUUCCAUAAAGAUUACAACGCUCGAGGUGGUCUUCUGGUUCUGGGCGGCAGGCUUCAUGCUGGACGAGAUUGUGGGUUUCAACGAACAAGGUUUCAGCCUAUACCUUGCGAGCUUCUGGAACACUUUCGAUCUCGGCAUCCUCCUCAUCCUGAUGGUACAUUUGGCAUUGCGCAUCUACGGCAUCGUCAUGCCGGAUGUCAAGAAGCAUACAGUGGCGAACAUGGCAUACGAUGUACUUGCCGCUGAUGCGAUUCUCCUCUUCCCGCGGCUGUUCUCCGUUUUGGAUCAUUAUCGAUACUUUUCACCUCUCCUGAUCGCCUUCCGAUACAUGGCAGCCGACCUCGUCGCGGUGUCUCUCCUCAUCCUCAUUAGUUGCAGCGGCUUCUUUGUCGCCCUCACACUAUCCUUCGGCAAUGAGGGCGUGGAUACCCCCAGCUCUGUCGCCUACGCACUGCUUCAGAUCGUCAUGGGCUUCACUCCUGCCGCUUGGGACAGGUGGGACAAAUACAACCUCCUUGGCAGGAUGAUUCUAACCUUGUUCCUGUUCAUCUGUCAUUUUCUUGUCGUCACAAUAUUGAUCACUGUUCUUACGAACUCUUUUAUGGCGGUGGUGCAGAACGCGAACGAGGAACACCAGUUUCUAUUCGCCGUCAACACCAUUUCUCAUGUCAAGUCUGACGCCUUGUUCUCCUAUGUGGCUCCUACAAAUGUGAUUCAAUGGCUGUUGGUCCCACUCAGAUAUCUGGUUCCCUUCCGACAGUACGUCAAAGUCAACCGCACAGUCAUCAAGAUCACCCAUUUCCCACUACUGUUUUCGAUAUUCCUGUACGAAAAGGCGGUGCUGCAAUCCACUGUCUUCGACACCAUUGAUCUUGUAGAACGCCGCGGUCGCUCGAAAAGGACAAUGGCAAGAAAGCCUACCCACCUCACCCGGGCGCCCUCUAUCGCCACUUUCCGGCAAGACAAGGCUUUGGAGGAAGUAUUCCGACAGCCGUACGACAGCACCAUGCGCAGUGGUAGGCAGAGUCGGAACCAGCGGAAGACAAGCAAUGUUGUGAACACGUGGAUGAAGGAUAUGGGCGAUGAAAUUGCCAGUCCCCCGCUAGAACAGGAUAGACGAAUUGUUGAAAGUCUCGAGGGUAGGGCAGCCGUUUCUAGGCUGCUGCGACCAGCCAGCAGAGUCCGGACAUUCUCUCGCCGGACCAUGUCUGUUGCGUCCGACCCAGAAGAAUUUGCAACCCACGCAGAUUUCUUAUCGCCCAGUCAUGCCCGGCCUGUUUAUCACAGCGUACGAAACCUGCCCUUGGAAGAGCCUUCCGCACUCACCGACGCUGAAGGUGAUGACGAGUUGCGGAGUAGUGAGAGCAUGGACGAAGAAGAGACCACUCAAUUAGACCAUGGCUCGUCAGACGAGGCCGAGUCAGCGAUCCUGCAGCGCUCUUUUGGCGUGGGCCCUCCCGAACUUUCUACGACAGAGCAAUUGGCUACAUCGUUGACACCAGCAGUGGCAGGUCCAGCGACACCUCUAGUACACACGCGGCCUUCAGGUACUAGCGGUGACGCCCCUUCUCCAUCUGCUCCCCCAGCCGCAGUCCGGCCUCCUCAGCAUUCUCGGAACGUCUCAAGUGCAACAAUGAUCUUCAAGCCUGUGGCCGAGUCGGGUACAGAUAAUUCUUCUUCGCUUGGCGAGUAUAAAGCUUCGCCGCGCAAGCCGCAAAGCUCGGCCCCCGGGUCGGGGAUGCGAACACCAGUGUCUAAACCAACAUCCGGCGGAGCGGGUCAUCGAACGCCAAAACGGACAACGGGUGGCACCCCCAAACGGUCCGCGCUUCUUCCCAAUAAAAACGAUGCUGCAUUCCGGUCUGCCCCUAACCUGGCUGAACUGCGCGGUCAAAGUAGCCAUUCGCGCCGUAAGCCACCACUUGAGAUGGAUCUGGUGUCGGAUAUUGGCGACAAUAGGGCAAUAGGCGGGGGAUACGUUGGCGCUUUACCAGCAUCCUUCGCUGCUCAAAUGUCACAGAGCCUCCUGGGGCCAAGACAGACCAAGGCGCAAUUCGAGGAACAAGAAAUGCUUGCUAAGAUCAUGAUGGCACGAAUGAACAGCCUUGAGGAAGGCUUCAGAGAGGUGAUCCACGAGAUGCGCGAGACCAUGCGACACGACAAUGCUAGAAGCCAAAGUCGCGGCAGACCUGGAAGACCGGUGGUCCGAGAAAAGCGUGCAAAAGGUAAAGAGACUUACCACCCCACUGCUAUUGGUGGUGAGAAGGAAAAUGUAGAUCCUGAACGAGAGCAUGAUGCCAGUUCCGGCAUGGCUGCACAAGGAACCCAAGGUGUGAGAAGCUCCCAGGAAGAUAUCACCGAACACGGUGGCGAGCAAGGGGGUGAUGGCCUGGACCCGGUUACAGAAAGGGCCUCGGGCUGA